AUGAAUACUUAAUAGAAAUUUUAAAACAAUCUAGAAUUCUUCCACUAUAAUGAUUUAGAACUCAAACUCAAAUAAGACAAAAAAUAUCCCACUCCUAUUUUGAUUAACAAUCCUAAAGUAGUAAGAAGAAGCAAUAAGAAAAUUUUGAAAGAGGAAACGAUUUUUUGA